AUGCCUGACCCCUGUGCUCCAACAGGGUCCCCCAGACAUAGCUCACUGCAGGCGGGGCCUCUGUGGGGAGGCAGCGGGACCUCCUGGAGGGAAGCAAGAGUUUCUACUCUGACCUUUUACUCCACCAGAGUCCAUCUGAAUUUUGAGCCUCCCCCAAGGAGCUGGUAUGUAACUGAGAGGGGCAGGACAGGCGUCCCAGGCCUACCUCCAGGCAAGGGAAUUGGGGUGCCUAGAGCCAGAGUCUUCACCAUAUGCCGCUUUGAGAAACCAGAAACGCACUCUCCACCGAGCUUCCCGACCAGCCAAUGCUCCUCCUCCAACUUUCUUGAGAGAAGGAGAGGCUUCCCCACCCCUCCCUCUGCUCACCACUGA